AUGACCCCGCCACCCCGUACUUCCUUCCCUAUUCCACCACCCUAUCCCCUCCGGACGUCCUCCCCCACCGCUAUUGAUUUUGAAGGCAACUGGUACCGGGCGCUGCGCACUGCCGGCCCGGGAUCAUCGUUUCUCCACCGACCAUCCCUUCCGUUCAACUCCUCCAACCAUCCCUUCCAGUCAACUCCUCCAACCAUCCCUUCCAGCCAACUCCUCCAACCAUCCCUUCCAACUCCAAACCGUCCCUUCUGCCCCGGCCUCCAGUCCCAACGCUGA